UAGCAGUAGGCAGUUUUAGAAAGCAGAGAAUGAAAAUGUCGUCUAAGUUCAGUGCCACCCUUUGCUUGGCACUCCUCUUCUUCUUCCUCUUCUUAACCUUCACAUAUGCUGGAAGACGUGACCCUGCUUCUUCCCCUGUCAUUUCAAGCAAAACUCAACAUGGGGUUUUGGAAGAGGAAAAUUGUGAAGGCAUUGGUGAAGAAGAAUGCUUGAUGAGAAGAACACUUGUAGCUCACACGGACUAUAUCUACACACAGAAGCAAAAACCAUGAGAUUCAUAGCUGGUUUUCGUAUGCUACUUUUUGUAAUAAGCAAUGGUUUUUCGUAUGCUACUUUAUAUAUAAUAAGCAAUGGUUUUCGUAUGCUACUUUUUUACAUUUAGUGUAGUCACCUGUUUUUCACUUCUUGCAGUUGCAGACAGGAGUCUUUUAGUCUUUAUUAGCAGAUGUAUUUCUUUUUAUUUCAUACUAUGAACUAAUGUAUAUAUUGAUUUUGUUAAAUAUAAAUU